GACUCAUCGUGCUCGGUAUUCACGGCCUGCCGACCCUCGACUGCUACCGGGUCUCGCAGAUUGCAAGCUACCUUCGUACCAUUAUCCCUCAUACCAGCAGUGUUUUUGAGAUACGAGACUGGUUUGGAUUUUCCCAUUCAUUAAAGCUUCUCACAAACGAUUGAAACGGAGCUAUCAUUCUGAAGCUUUGACACCAUGGCCAUUUGGAAUUUUUUGAAAGCGAUACUACACAAAGAUGAGGACAAGUUAUACGUCGAAUUCUCUCUCGGUGGAUCUCGUUAUAUUUGGCCCUGGGAUCAGUUCAAGGAGAUGGAGAAGGCGACCUCUGCUGUGGUAAAAUCCAAGUGGAACUAUGGGAAGCUGCAAAGUCUUGCCGAGUCGUUACAGAAAGGACAGAUCGAAACAUCAAAAGUCGUGGAAUAUUUGAAGAUAAUGCAACUGAGUGCCAUAGCUGCAAGAGAUACAGUAUCUGUGGAGCGAGUGCAAGGCUCAAGUGUCUGGUUUUGAUCAAGUUUGUAGGGACCAGAUUGGUGCUGCAAAAUCAAAGUCUAAAUUGUGCUUUCUUGUUGUCAAUUGCACUAUAGUACAUCAAACACCAUACAGUACAUAGCAAAUGGACUAUGCUAAUUUUACUAUUUUGAGAGCCAUAAAGGGCUAUAAGAGAUGGGUACUUUAGUAGGCAAAUCAGUUCUUUAUUGCCAAAACUCAAUUAUAUUCAAGACAAAUUAACCAGAUGUACAGC